AUGGGCAGCUUCAUUGUACCCACCUUAGUCGCAGACGAUGAGUCAGGUCCUGUGGCCAGGAGCCCCCGCGCCCCCUCGGAGCCCCCGGAGCUGUGGGCGCCGUGGAGCCUCGUGGUGGAGUACCGCAGCCCCCGCGCCCCCGCCCCCGUCGCCCUCACCAACACCCCCGGACCCGCAUGGGAUAUUGCUAAGGUGCUGAAGGCCGGGCGGCUGCUGUGCAAGCCCCCGCUGGAUGUGACCUUCGAGGAUGAGCAGGAGAUGCGGGUGGUCUACUCCCUCAUCUACGACGUAUUCCGAUACAAGUCGAUCUUGGAUCAAGCAAUCAAUGACAUCGAAUUUUUUGGCGAUUUUCCACAGCUCUUAACCCACCGCAACAUAGUCUGGCUGUUCGUGAUGGAGCUGGCGCGGCGGCGCUGGGCGGCGCGCCCUAAGGCCGAGGCGGCGCGGGCGGGCGCGCUGCUGGCUGAGGGCGGCGCCCUGUUCCAGCUCGCGGAGGACAGCGUGUGGCGGCAGCGCGUGCACUUCGCCGCCGCUAUAGCGCGCAUACGGAUCAAGAACAAGGCUAUAUCGCUGGCGGACCUGCUCCCCGAGCACCUGCGCGAGGAGAGGAUCUCGGCGUGCGUGCACAAGGACAGCGUCACCGGCUGGGUCAACACCUUCAAGGCCACGAAGCUGGCGGCGCUGGUGCGGCGGCUGCACGAGCUGGGCUUCUCGUACAGCGCGUCGCGGCAGCUGUGUGCCGGCGAGUACCGCUUCGACCGCGUCUGUCCCAGGUUUAUAACUCUACGACCUCCUCAAAACUUUAGUGUUGGACAAAUGGAUUUAGUGAAAAACGGCCUCAUCAUUUUACAAGAGCGCGAGUUCUGCGAGGGCGCGUCGACGCUGUGCCGGCUGUUGCGCGCGCGCAGCCUGCAGGGCGCGGUGGCGCAGUCGCACGCCUCCUCCCCGCGCUGCUCCGCCUACCUCGCCGCGCAGCUGCAGGAGCUGGCUCAGGUGCUGAAGGCGGAGACGCCGGCCGCGCCCGCCGUGCCCGAGCUGGGACGCCUGGUCGUGUUCGGAGCUGGAGAUAAGAUAGACAGCUACGUGUUAGCUCUCCGCGAGAUGGGCAUCCAGGCGACGGCGGGGGCUGCUGCGACGGCGGGGGGCGCGGUGCAGGUGGUCAGCGACCCCGUGCACUGCGGCUCGGCGGCCGUGGCGGCGGCGCUGGACGGGGUGGUGGCAGCCCUGGCCACGCCCCCCAACUCCUACUCCGCUGUGACUGAUCCUAUAGAUCUGGUGUGCGGGCGCGGUGGGGAUCUGGCCAUGCUUGAGGUUCUGACAGAGUGCGAAGUGGACACCGAAGGGAAAACCCGCGUGUCGUCCAUACUUGAAGAGCAGAAGAAAACCUUGAAGACUCUGUUGUCGAAGCCUCAGAUCCAGGUGAUCCUGUACGAGACGCACUCGGCUCUGGAGGCGGAGAACCAGGCGCAGGUGUCGCGCGCCGUGGCCGAGGCCAACCGCCUGGCGCGCGAGCGGCACCAGCUGCUCAAGCGGAAGCACCACACACCAAAACCGCGCCCAGAGACAGCGCUAUCCAACACAUCGACGACCCUGGAAGAGGCGGACACUUAUCGAUCUGAAGCAGAAGGCUUAGAAUCCACAGCGGAGUCUCUGACCCAGCACUCGGCCAGCCCAGCAGGGAACCCCAGCCCCCCGGGGGUGCGGCGGCAGGCCAGCACGGACACCAUCCUCACCAGGAGCUCCUUCUCCAGACCUGGCACCACCCGGGCGAGGCCCAUCGCGCCCGCGCCUGACGUGCCCAGGAAUCCCGAUGUCGACUUGCCCGAUAUUAACGUGCCAGACUGCGAUCUGUUCGAAGUGAGCCAGUUGCCGGCUCUGGGGAACGGACUGGACAUUAACUUGAUCCUAGAACGAGAUGGCUGCUUCCUCGGUCUCAUUCAAAGGAAGGAGAUCACCCGUCUGGACGCCAAGUACAUGAUCCGAGUGGCGGAGGAGCGAGGGCUGUUCGGGGCGGGGGCGCCGGCGCCCGCGCCCGCCCGCCGCAAGCCGCCCGCCCAACACGCGCCCAAGCGCCGGCGACGGAAGAACAGCUUUGAGGUAGAGCGCAUUGCCGCGCCGACGCACGCGUCGCUAACGCGCAGCGGGCGGCGAGGCAGCGCGCCGGGCGAGGCGACCGAGGCCGAGGCGGUCUGCGCGAGGCACCUGCGCCGCCACGCCGCCGCCGAGGCAAUCGCCGGCCAGCUGUGCGCGUGCGAUGCUAAGCAUAAACGUCGGCGCGCGUCGACGGCGGCCCCCGCCCCCGCGCCGCCCCCCUCCUGCCGCCGCCGCUUCCCGCUCGUGGUCCACGACAUCAGCCUGCAGGCUCUGCAUCAUCAGGACCUCGUCUAUAACGCGUAACCUCUGUACAGCCCAUGCGUCGUCGUUUCAGGAGGGUUAGGCCCGGGUCUCG